AUGGGUUUAAGCUCUAAUAAAAGUGAACCAUUGAACCACGUGAAACAAGUAUAUUUUUCGAAUAAUUCAAUAUCAGAUUGCUCGAUUAUUAGAUAUUAAUAAUCCGAGAAAUGUUAAUCACCAAUAUGCUAAUAAUAUCAUAAUAAUUCUAAACUAGUACACUGGAACAGGAAUCAAAUUAACUCAUUAAUAUUCAAGUAAUUUAUCGAAAAGCGAGUGGGAUUAAAUAUAAAAAGCUUUUGGGGUAGAGUUAUAAAUUAUAUCAAGAUAGUAAUAAAGAAACUUCUUAGUGGUAGAUCAUUAGGUAGGUUCUUUCUUCCAAUAAUUAAUGUAUGA